AUGAAAGCAUUUGAUUUGGUUGUCAUUGGUGCCGGGUCAGGCGGUCUCGAGGCCGCUUGGAAUGCCGCGACUCUCUACAAGAAACGAGUGGCGGUGAUUGACGUUCAGAAGGCUCAUGGUCCACCAUUUUUUUCGGCUAUGGGUGGCACAUGUGUCAACGUUGGAUGUGUUCCGAAGAAACUGAUGGUUACUGGAGCGCAAUACAUGGACCAGCUGCGCGAGUCGCGAGGUUUCGGGUGGGAGUUUGACCGCAGCACCCUCAAGGCAGACUGGAGUAAACUCAUUGCUGCAAAGGACGAGGCGGUGUUGGAUAUCAACAAAAGUUACGAGGGCAUGUUCGAGGAGACCGAGGGUCUGGAGUUCUUCCUGGGCUGGGGCUCUCUGGAGUCGGCGACAGUUGUGAAUGUUCGCGAGACUGCGGACUCGAGCAGCGCUGUGAGGGAGCGCCUGGAGACGAAGCACAUUAUUAUUGCUACCGGCUCGUGGCCACAAAUGCCGAACAUUCCCGGUAUCGAGCACUGCAUCAGCAGCAACGAGGCGUUUUACCUGCCAGAGCCGCCACGCCGUGCGCUUACCGUCGGCGGCGGAUUUAUUUCCGUUGAGUUUGCUGGCAUUUUUAAUGCCUACAAACCGAAGGAUGGAAAGGUAACGUUGUGCUACCGCCGUGACCUCAUCCUCCGUGGCUUUGACAACACUCUUCGUGAGGAACUCACAAAACAGCUCACUGCCAACGGAAUUGACAUCAUGACGAAGGAAAAUCCCGCCAAGGUGGAGCUGAACCCGGACGGCAGCAAGCAUGUAACCUUCGAAAGCGGUAAAACGAUGGACUUUGAUGUUGUCAUGAUGGCCGUUGGCCGUAUCCCUCGCACCAAUGAUUUACAACUGCAGAACGCAGGUGUUGUGCUUAACAAGGGUGCCGUGCAAGUUGAUGAGUACUCUCGCACGAAUGUUCCUAACAUAUACGCUAUUGGCGACGUUACGCAGCGUGUCAUGUUGACACCUGUGGCCAUCAACGAGGCUUCUGCCCUCAUCGAUACCGUCUUUGGUAACAAGCCACGAAAGACUGAUCACACCCGUGUGGCGAGUGCCGUCUUCUCUAUUCCUCCUAUUGGCACCUGCGGCCUCACCGAGGAAGCUGCCUCGAAGCAGUACGAUACAGUGGCAGUGUAUCUUUCAAGCUUUACCCCGCUUAUGCACAAUGUCAGUGGGUCCAAGUACAAGAAGUUUGUGGCAAAGGUAAUCACCAAUCACAUCGAUGGUACAGUGGUUGGGGUACAUCUUCUAGGAGACAAUGCUCCUGAAAUCAUUCAAGCUGUUGGAAUUUGUCUCAAGAUGAAUGCCAAAAUCUCUGACUUUUACAACACAAUUGGUGUGCAUCCCACAAGUGCAGAGGAGUUGUGUUCCAUGCGUACCCCCUCCUACUAUUACGUGAAGGGGACAAAGACAGAAACGGUUCUAGAGGCAGAUUUGUAA